AUGUAUGUUUUUUCGCACUUAAAGCAGUGUAUUCAGGGAUUCGGUGAAGAACUAUGCAAAUUUUAUGGAUGGCAGCUCCUGUGUGCGAUCGAGUACCUCCAUGAUCGCGGAAUCACACAUCGUGACGUCAAGCCGGAGAACAUACUAUGUAUGACGAAAGAGGACUACACACUUGUCAAGGUACAUUUAUUGUGUUGUUCAAAACUGAUUUUGUCUAUUCCUUGUAAAUGGUAA